AUGGCUCCUGUGAGGAUCAGCCACGUGGUAUCAUUUUCUUCUCAGGAUCCCAAGUAUCCUGUGGAGAACUUACUGGACCCAGACAGUCAGAGAGGACCUUGGCUUAGCUGCCCUCGUGACAAGAGUGGCCAACUAAAAGUGGAAUUACAGCUAGAGAAAGCAGUGACCAUUGGCUACAUCGAUGUGGGUAACUGUGGCUGUGCUUUCCUGCAAAUUGAUGUGGGCCGUUCUUCCUGGCCCCUGGACAGACCUUUUGUCACCCUGCUCCCUGCAACCAUGUUAAUGUCCCUCAUGGAUUCAAAGCAAGGGAAAAAUCGCUCAGGGGUCCGUAUGUUUAAAAAUGGUGAUUUCCUCUCUCCUGCCUCCAGUGACACCUGGGAUCGACUUCGCCUUACCUGCUCCCAGCCCUUCACACGUUACCAGUCCUUUGGCCUGACCUUCCUGCGGGUGUGUUCUUCACUGGACUCUUCGGAUGAUGCUGUCUUGGAUUCCUCAACCCCUGGAAGUUCAGGAGUGAGCCAGGGUUUUUCUCAGGUUCACGAGUCUGAUCCAAGCCCUUGGAUGACUAAUCCUUCCAUCCGGAGAACAUUCUUCCCAGAUCCCCCAAAGACCACCAAGGAAAUCUCCAACCUUAAGAAUAUGCUAAAACAGCUGCAGCCAGGGACUUUGGGUCGUUCAGCCCAGAUGGUGCUGUCUGCUGCUUGCAAAGCUUCUCCAGCCAGUGUACCAAGUCCAGCGAACAAUCACAGAGAACCAGGUUCAAGUCAGACAGUGCAGAGUCCAGACCUGAGAACCAAAACAGUGAGUGAUGUGCACAGAAAAAAGAAACAGAAGACACAGGGGGUCCAAGCCUGCGAACUUGUCUCCAACUCCAGCUCACAGCCAAGCAGGAAAAGGAAAGCAAAGGCAGAAGAGAAAGGACAUUCCCUACCCCAGACCCAAGUCAGCUCCAUCCAGAAGAGUGGGCAGUGCCCCAUUUGUGCAGGCAUCUUCAGCAUGGCAGUUCUCCCCCAGCACGCAGCCACCUGUGGAGAGCCUACACCGCCACACCCUUCUCCCUCCCCUUCACCACCAUCCGUCCUAAGAUUUCUUCACAUGGCAUGAACACCAGGUCCCCUGGUCUCCAAGCCCAACUGGAAUGAGAUCGUCAACAAAAAGCUGAAGUUCCCACCUCCACUGUUGGGGGCCAUCCAGGAGGGGCGGCUGGGCCUGGUGCAGCAGCUACUGGAGUCAGGUGUCGAGGCCCCAAGCAGUGGGGCAAGUGGGCCCCCGCGGCAGGUGGAGGAGGCAGAGGACCGGUCCUGGAGGGAAGCUCUCAACUUGGCCAUCCGCCUGGGCCAUGAAGCCAUCAUGGACGUCCUGUUGGCUAAUGUCAAGUUCGACUUCCGACAGAUCCACGAGGCCCUGCUAGUGGCCGUGGAUUCGAACCAGCCAGCUGUAGUGCGGCGACUGCUGGCCCGGCUUGACCGGGAGAAGGGCCGCAAAGUAGACACACGGUCCUUCUCAUUGGCUUUCUUCGACUCUUCCAUCGACGGCUCCCGUUUUGCACCAGGGGUCACGCCCCUCACCCUGGCUUGCCAGAAAGAUCUGUACGAGAUCGCGCAGCUGCUCAUGGAGCAGGGCCACAGCAUUGCCCGGCCUCACCCCGUCUCCUGCGCCUGCCUCGAAUGCAGCAAUGCCCGCCGUUAUGACCUGCUCAAGUUCUCCCUGUCGCGCAUCAACACCUACCGUGGCAUUGCCAGCCGGGCACAUCUCUCACUAGCCAGUGAUGACGCCAUGCUGGCCGCCUUCCAGCUCAGCCGGGAGCUCAGGCGCCUGGCACGCAAGGAGCCAGAGUUUAAGCCAGAGUACAUCGCUCUGGAGUCACUGAGCCAGGACUACGGCUUUGAACUGCUGGGCAUGUGCCGGAACCAGAGCGAGGUCACUGCAGUGCUCAAUGACCUGGGUGAAGACAGCGAGACGGAGGCCGAGGUCCUGGGACAGGCCUUCGAGGAGGGUAUCCCCAACCUGGCAAGACUGCGGCUGGCUGUCAACUACAACCAGAAGCGGUUUGUAGCACACCCCAUCUGCCAGCAAGUGCUGUCCUCCAUCUGGUGUGGGAACCUGGCUGGCUGGCGUGGAAGCACCACCAUCUGGAAGCUCUUCGUUGCCUUCCUCAUCUUCCUCACCAUGCCCUUCCUCUGCCUGGGCUACUGGCUGGCACCAAAAUCCAGGCUGGGUCGCCUGCUAAAGAUACCUGUGCUGAAGUUCCUGCUGCACUCGGCCUCCUACUUGUGGUUCCUCCUCUUCCUGCUCGGAGAGUCCCUGGCCAUGGAGAUGCAGCUGAGCACAUUCCGAGGUCGUAGCCAGAGUGUCUGGGAAACUUCACUACACAUGGUUUGGGUCACAGGGUUCUUGUGGUUCGAGUGCAAGGAGGUGUGGAUCGAGGGCCUUCGCAGUUACCUCCUGGAUUGGUGGAACUUCCUGGACGUGGUCAUCCUGUCCCUGUACCUGGCAGCCUUCGUGCUCCGGCUCCUCCUGGCUGGGCUGGCCCACAUGCACUGCCGUGAUGACCCCGAGGGAGCCCUGUGCCACUAUUUCACCACGGCUGAUCGAACUGAGUGGCGCACAGAGGACCCCCAGUUCUUGGCAGAGGUGCUCUUCGCAGUCACCAGCAUGCUGAGCUUCACCCGCCUGGCCUACAUCCUGCCGGCCCACGAGUCCCUGGGCACGCUGCAGAUCUCCAUUGGCAAGAUGAUCGAUGAUAUGAUCAGGUUCAUGUUCAUCCUCAUGAUCAUCCUGACUGCCUUCCUUUGUGGCCUCAACAACAUCUAUGUGCCCUAUCAGGAGACAGAGCGUCUGGGCAAUUUCAAUGAGACAUUCCAGUUUCUAUUCUGGACCAUGUUCGGCAUGGAGGAACACAGUGUGGUAGACAUGCCUCAGUUUCUGGUGCCAGAAUUUGUGGGCCGGGCUCUAUAUGGCAUCUUCACCAUCGUCAUGGUCAUCGUGCUGCUUAACAUGCUCAUUGCUAUGAUUACCAAUUCCUUCCAGAAGAUUGAGGAUGAUGCAGAUGUGGAAUGGAAGUUUGCUCGCUCCAAGCUCUACCUGUCCUACUUCCGCGAAGGCCUGACUCUGCCUGUGCCUUUCAACAUCCUGCCCUCACCCAAGGCCAUCUUCUACCUUCUCAGGAAAAUGUUCCGGCUCUUUUGCUGUUGCUGUUCCUGCUGCAAGACCAGGAAGCCAAACUAUCCCCCAAUUCCCAUCUUUGCCAAUCGUGGGGCAGGGUCAGAGCCCGGGGAGGGAGAGCAUGAGCGUGGGUCCUAUCGCCUUCGUGUCAUCAAGGCCCUGGUUCAGCGUUACAUAGAGACCGCCAGGCGGGAGUUUGAAGAGUCUCGUCGGAAAGAUCUGGGCACCCGGCUCACUGAACUGACCAAGACUGUGUCCCGACUGCAAGGGGAGGUCGCUGGUGUGCGGCGCGCUCUGGUGGAAGGAGGGGCACCUCGACCCCCUGAAGGUGCCAGCGUGCUCAGUCGCUACAUCACCCGAGUGCGGAACAGCUUCCAGAACCUGGGACCCCCCAUCCCUGAGACACCAGAGCUGGUGAUGCCAGGGAUGAUGGAGACCCAGGAAUCUCAGGAACUGGGGCAGCAGAGUUCUAGAGGGGCUCAGGAGCCUGCUCCUGGAGAGCCUGUCCCAUCCUCACCUGCUCAUGUACUAGUGCACAGGGAGCAGGAACCAGAAGGGACAGGAGAGCUGGCCCUGGAGGAAGAUGCAGGGGCCACAGGUGAGCCCUGA